UUCAGAGUUGAAAAAAAUAAAAACCAGCUCUAUCUAUAUAUACAUUAGCCACGCACAAAGGUUUCAGAGUUGAAAAAAAUAAAAAUGGAGAGAAGAACCUUAAGGGUGACAGGGUGACUACUGGUUGCUGCUGAAGGACAUGAGAUGAGAGGGCUUUCUUCUGUACCCGCAAGGGCUAAAAAUAAGUUCAAAGAAUCAUCCAAUCUCGGAAAAUUCAGUGGUGGAAUCCACCCACCGGUGCCCAACCCCAAAAGGGCUCUCAAUCAAAAGCACACGACUUUGAGAGGUAAUUCUCAGUCACCCAGCCCCAGUGUCAAUAAAUCUAACUCCAAUUCACUCUCUAAUGCUUCCAUUUCGGCUAAUGAAAGUAUUAAGCCAGUUGAUCAUCGUUAUUUCUCUCAAAUUCUCUCAAGAGAUGACUGGUGUUUGCUGCUAAACCAUGAGUUUAAAGCCCAGAGGAUAGUUUUGAAUUCUCAGUUUGUGGUGAGUUUAUUGCAGAAUCAAGAAAACCCGGUGCACCCUUUGAGAUUUUAUAUCUGGGUCUCAAAUAUUGAUCAUUCAUUUGCCAAGAGUCAACCCGUAUGUAGUGCUUUAACCGGUGUCCUUUGUAGGAAAGGUCCUGUUUUGUUGUCUGGUGAAUUGAUUGAAAAUAUUAGGAACUCGGGUUUUCGAGUCACUGAAGACUUGCUCUGUAUUUUGUUUGGUAGCUGGGGAAGAUUAGGAUUGGCUAAAUAUUGUCUUGAGACAUUUGGGCAGAUUUCAUUUUUGGAUAUCAGUCCUAGCACAAGAUUGUAUAAUGCUGUGAUUGAUGCUUUGGUGAAAUCCAAUUCACUUGACUUGGCAUAUUGUAAGUUCCAACAAAUGUCAGCUGAUAAUUGCAAGCCUGAUAGAUUCACAUACAAUAUUCUCAUUCAUGGAGUUUGUAGAAUUGGUUUGAUGGAUGAGGCACUUCGGUUGCUCAAACAGAUGGAAGGGUUGGGAUAUUUGCCCAAUGUUUUUACAUAUACCAUUCUAAUUGAUGGAUUUUGUAAUGCAAAAAGAGUUGAUGAAGCAUUCAAGGUUUUAGAGACCAUGAAGGACAGAAAUGUAAAGCCACAUGUAGCUACAAUCAGAUCAUUGGUUCAUGGGGUAUUUCGUGGUGCAAUGCCACAUAAUGCAUUGGAGUUGUUAACUGGAUUUAUGGAGAAGGAGCCUGUGUUUCAGAAAUUGGCUUGUGAUACUUUACUCUAUCUCCUUUCAAAAAACUCUAUGGCAAGAGAAGUGGCCAUGUUUCUAAAGAAAAUUGGUGAGAGAGGUUAUCUUCCUGACAGUUCAACAUUUAACAUUAUAAUGACUUGUUUGAUAAAAGGAUAUGAUCUCAGUGAGACAUGUUUGAUUUUGGACAGUUUUAUUGAGCAAGGUGUGAAACCAGGGUUUAGCACUUAUCUUGCUGUUGCUGAAGCUUUGUGCAAAGCAGGAAGAUGGAUGGAGGUGGAUCAGUAUUUGAACAAGAUGAGUGAGGAUGGACUAUUAUCAAAUGUCUUUUCAUAUAACAUGGUGAUUGAUUGCUUUUGUAAAGCCAAUUUGAUGGACAGGGCCACAAGGACUUUCAGGGAGAUGUGCAAUCAAGGUAUAAUUCCUACUCUUGUUACUUUCAAUAUGCUUAUCAGUGGGUAUGCCAAGGUAGGGAAGGUAACUAAGAUACAGUACUUCCUGUUAAAGCUUUUACAAUAUGGUUUCAAUCCUGAUAUCUUCACAUUUAGUUCAAUAAUUGAUGGUCUCUGUCGAGCACACAUGAUUGAAGAUGCUUUUGAUUGUUUCACUGAAAUGUACUACUGGGAUGUCACUCCGAAUGCUAUAACAUACAAUAUAUUAAUCCGCUGCUUGUGUGAAAUUGGGGAUGUCGGUAGAGCAGCAGAACUUUUAAGAGAAAUGCAAGCUGAUGGAAUAAGUCCAGAUGUUUUCUCUUUCAAUGCUCUCAUUCAGAACUUUUGUAGAAUGAAGAAGUUUGGGAAAGCAAAGAAACAUUUUCUGUCCAUGUUGACAUUGGGCUUGACUCCUGAUAAUUAUACUUAUUCUGCUUUUAUAAAUGCUUUGUGCAAAGCAGGAAGAUUUGUUGAGGCUGUAGAGAUAUUUAACUCAAUGGAAGCUAAAGGAUGUAUUCCUGAUUCUUAUAUUUGUAAUCUAAUUUUGGAAAGUCUAGUCAAGCAGGCUCACUUGGAAGAAGCCCGCGAAAUUGUCAAAAGAUGUAAAAGAUGGGGUGUUUCCCUAAAAUCGUUUCCAAUCUUGUAGGAGGGUCUUUAGCUGCUUGUACUUUUGCAGAACCAAUGUCAUGGCAUGGAAUGGAAGGAGAUGCUACUCAUGCAUCAUCUAUUGGUUGCUUCCAGAUUCUUUGGCUGAAAAGUUCAAGUUUUUUCCCAGGAUCAGCAAGUACAUUGGCAAGAAAUUGCCUUGAAUGUGGCACUUUCUAUUCCCAUAUUUUCUUCUCAGUUUCAUGGGGUUAUGACAUAUGGCCAUACAUUUUAAAGAAAGUUUGGCCCUAUGCAGAGAAAUGGUGUCGGGAGUUCAGAGCAUAACAGCAGAACUUCACUGAGACAUUUUUAGGUGAAGCACACUUGACUAGUGGGAUGAUUGCUUGUAUCCAGCAGCAAGUGUUUUCCCUGGCAAUUAACCUGACAAAUGACUGUACUUCUAUCAGCUUUGCACCAUGCUUGAUUUUUGUUGAAAGUUUAUCUCUAUUACUGGGAGGAGCAAACUUGAAGAAAAGAAAAUUAGCAGGAUUCUUGUUUUUCCAAUUUUGUUCUGGAAUACUUUCAUACAUAUGUAGUAACAUUUUAAAACUUUAAUAAGAUUCUACUUGACAU